CGCUCUUGCAGAGGUCAAGACAAGAUGGCGCAUCUUUGGCGAGUUGUACGAAAGAUUACAACGCACAAUUCUUUGGCGAUCAGAACUAUUUCGGUGUCGUCCAACAGACUUGCAUAUAAAUACAUAUCAAAGGAAUCUCAAGAUAUACCUAUGGAUUGGCAUAGUGCCACGGAAAGGAAUGCACAGUCGCUUUUCAUCACAGAGUUGCUUAGAGGUCUUCAAAUGACAUUGAGCAAGAUGUUCCAGGAGCCAGCAACAAUUAACUAUCCCUUUGAGAAAGGCCCAUUAAGUCCUCGGUUCAGAGGGGAGCAUGCCUUGAGGAGAUACCCAUCUGGAGAAGAGAGGUGCAUUGCUUGCAAGUUGUGUGAAGCUAUCUGCCCUGCACAGGCAAUCACCAUAGAGGCAGAACCUAGAGCAGAUGGAAGUCGACGAACAACACGCUAUGAUAUUGACAUGACAAAAUGCAUCUACUGUGGCUUUUGUCAGGAAGCUUGUCCUGUAGAUGCAAUUGUGGAGGGUCCAAACUUUGAAUUUGCUACUGAAACUCAUCAGGAGCUGCUUUACAACAAAGAAAAACUUCUUAACAAUGGUGACAGAUGGGAGGCUGAAAUAGCUGGGAAUCUUCAGGCAGAUUUUCUUUACAGAUGAAGGGAUUCUGUCAUUUAAACCUUUGAUUUCUAACUUUGUAAAAAAAAAAAAGUCCUGUUCUUUACCUUGCACAAAAUAAGACCCUUUUGAAGACUGGAGGUGCAUGUUGAAGAU